UAUAAUAUACAUCUUCACGCCUAUAUAUAAGAAGAAUAAGUACGACUGACUUUGCCGGUAUAUUAAACUGGAAUUGCAGGAGAUGGAUGCAACUGGAUCAUCAACUGGGAAGUACUUGGUUUGGCAAGACUUGACGGUGGUUGCGCCAGCAGCAGCAACAAGUAGUGUAAGCAGAUCAAAGUUGCUGUUAAAUGGGGUUACUGGUUAUGCACAACCCAAUCGGAUUAUGGCCCUCAUGGGUCCUUCUGGCUCUGGAAAAUCCACCUUACUUGAUGCCUUGGCUGGGAGGCUGCCUGCAAAUGUUAGAAUGUGCGGGGAUGUUAUACUCAAUGGGAACAAAAGAAGCAUAAACAGCACUGAUAUUUCUUAUGUGACUCAAGAAGACAUAUUUCUGGGAUCACUCACUGUAAGAGAAACUCUUACAUAUUCAGCUCAUUUGAGGCUUCCUUCCAAAAUGACAACACGAGAGAAAAAUGAGGUUGUGGAAGAGACCCUCACCAAAAUGGGUCUUCAAGAUUGUGCUGAGAGUCAUAUUGGGAACUGGCAUUUGAGAGGUAUAAGUAAUGGAGAAAAGAGGAGACUUAGCAUUUGUAUUGAAAUAUUAACACAGCCUCAUGUGUUGUUGCUUGAUGAACCCACUAGCGGUCUAGAUAGUGCUUCAUCUUUCUUUGUGAUAUGGGCAUUGAGAAACAUUGCUCAGGAUGGAAGGAUAGUCAUUUGCUCUAUUCACCAACCAAGUAGUGAUGUCUUUAAUCUCUUCAAUGAUCUCGUCCUCAUAGCAGGAGGUGAAAGUGUUUAUUUUGGAGAGGCACUUAAGGCUGUAAAGUUCUUCUCUGAUGCUGGAUUUCCUUGUUCAACAAGGAAAAAUCCUCCCGAACACUACAUUCGAUGUAUUAGUUCAGACUUUGACAAAGUUAUUACAGCUCUUAUCCUUUCUCAAAGAAUGAAUUAUGGAUCAUCACCACCGUCAUCAAAUACCCAUAUGACCUUGACAACAGAUGAGAUCAAAGGAAAACUAAUUAACAAAUACAAGGCCUCCCCAUUUUCAAUAGAUGCAAAAAAAAGGAUUCAAGAAAUCUUGCUCACUGAAAACCUUUCCACGAAAUCAAACAUGGACAAUAGUAUUAGCUGGUGGAAGCAGCUGUGGACAUUGACCCGCCGAACUUCGCUCAACAUGUCUAGAGAUAUUGGGUACUAUUGGUUAAGGGCUGUGUUUUACAUUCUAAUAGCAGUGAGUGCUGGUUCCUUCUUUUAUCAUAUUGGGACAAGUAGUCAAGCAAUUGUUUCAAGAGGAAAAUGUGAUGGUUUCAUUUACGGCCUCAUGAUUUGCUUGUCCAUUGGAGGCAUACCCUUUGUUAUUGAAGAAUUAAAGGUGUUUAGGCGUGAAAGACUUGGUGGCCACUAUGGGGAAGCUUUGUUUGUGCUCUCCAACUUCAUUUCAUCACUGCCUUUCGUGGUUCUCAUGGCUUUCUCUGCUGGAACAAUACUCUACUACAUGGUGAAAUUUCAUACCGGGUUCUCUCAUUACUUGUAUUUUUGUAUGAAUCUCUUGUGCUGCAUUGUGGUCACAGAAGGCACCGCCUUGAUUGUUGCAGCUCUGGUUCCAAACCUCUUGAUGGGCAUAGGAUGUGCUGCUGCUCUCACCGUAUUCAUGAUGAUGCCUUCACUUCUUUUUCGGAGGGUCUUUGAGCUUCCAAAAAUCUUUUGGCAAUAUCCAAUGUCAUACCUUAGUUAUGCUGGAUGGGCAAUAGAGGGGCAGUUGAAGAAUGACAUGAUUGGGAUUGAAUUUGAUUCCCCAGUCCAAGGAGAACCCAAAUUGAAGGGUGAGAUCAUCCUCCGAGAAAUGUUUGGGAUAAAUCCCGAAAGUUCCAAGUGGUGGAAUUUGGCUGCUCUUGCCUGCCUCUUAGUUGGUCUGAGACUCAUCUUUUAUGUGGCACUAAAAUACAAGGAGAGAUCAUCAUUUUUUUUCCAGAAACUCUAUGCCAAGAGAACCACCUUCCAAAACCAUGUCAAGGUAGCUUCAUUCAGGAAGGAUCAAUUUAUCUCCUCCUCGAAGCGACACCGGACUCUUAUUCCGUUAUCUUCUCAAGAGGGUCUCGGAUCACCACUUCCAUAGUGUGAAAAGUAAACCCUAAAGAGAGGAGGGAUUGGAAAUAUCACUGGUAUACAUUGAUGUAGUUAUAAUAAUCUCAUAACUUUGCUUUAGCUAGCCUUGAUGUUUCUAUUUGAUCAGUUUGUAUCCUAAUGUAUGUCACGUACUUUCCAAGCUAUGUUUUACUAGUUUAUCAAUAUGUAAUCAAGAAGCAAGUUCACAUUGAAAGAUGGGUUUCUCGUUGAGUUUAUACCAAAAGCUACGUUCAUUACAUAUAAGGUCAAUUUUAGCAUUCUUGUUUUUUUUAUGCCACCCAUAUGUAUAUAUUUCUUUUUUUAAUAAAGGCGAGCAAAAUAUUGUAAGUUUAAAUAUUUAUUAAAAGCAACUGCAUUUUGGUUGCAUUAUUUAU